AACAAUAGCCAAUUCAGUAACUUCAUAGGAAGCUAGCGCCAAGUCGCGGCGCGGUGGAGGGGAUGUCUCACGUCUUUCCCCGGGAAUCCGAGCGGGCCACACACAAAACCCAACGGCGGCUGACGCUAACCGACAGCUCACAAAGAAUAGACAGGACGGUAAUACGAUCAUCACAACGUUUCUGGUGUUUUCAAGCUGGUCGUGUUUCGACAAGCAGCGUCACUUUAACUUAACGUCUGUCGUAAGCUGUAAGGGGGUGGCAUGGCAACUGGAGGCACUCCUUUUGAUGACGGUUCAGAAGAGCUGCACAACUGGACUGUAACAAAUGGCAGUCUAGAAGAUAGGCUCAACAACAUGGACUGGGGUGUACAGCAAAAGAAAGCCAACCGAUCUUCAGAAAAGAACAAGAAAAAGUUGUCAGCUGCUGUGGUGGAGAGCCGCCUGACUAAUGAUAUUUCACCAGAAUCCACCCCGGGGGCCGGUCGCAGGAGAGCACGCACUCCUCAUUCCUUCCCCCACAUCAAAUACACCACCCAGAUGUCUGUCCCAGACCAGGCUGAGCUAGACAAGCUCCGCCAAAGGAUCAAUUUUACUGACCUGGACGAGAGGAGCAUCGGCAGUGACUCCCAGGGACGCGUGACGGCUGCCAACAACCAGCGCCAGCUAGCUGGAGAGAACAAGAAGCCCUACAACUUCCUACCUCUACAUGUAAACACUAACAAAAGCAAGGAGCUGCUCCCUCCCUCCUCCUCUGCCCCAGCUACCCCGGCUAUCACCAAGGAAACUAAGAAGCAGAGCCCAGGACUCAGGGAUACGUUUACCCCUGUGGUUCUUUCCAAGGAACCUUCAAGGCUCAGUCGUAGCGCCACAGAGAGAGGGGCCACGGUGCACAGAGAGUAUGGCAGAGGAGAGCCGAGAAUAGACAGCAGCCAGGUGGUGAGCAAACUGGUACAGAUUCGGGAGUACAUCAGUAAGGCCAGCUCCAUGAGGGAUGAUCUGGUGGAAAAGAACGAUGUGCCGGCCAACGUGGAGCGCCUCUCUCAUCUCAUCGACCACCUCAAGGAGGAGGAGAAGUCCUAUUUACGGUUCCUGCAGAAGAUGCUGGCACGGGAGAAUGAGGAGGAUGAUGUGGGGACCCUGGACUCAGCAGUUGGCUCAGGGUCACUGGCAGAGAGCACCUCACUUAACAUCGAAGCUCGGUCUUCAGAUGCCUCAAACGCAACAGGUGGCAGACCAGAAGCUGUGCGCGCUGACCAGAAGGAAGAGUUGGAGAAUCUGCGUAAACAGCAUGAGCUGCUGAAGAAGAUGCUGGAGCAGCAGGAGCAGCUCAGAGCCCUGCAGGGCCGGCAGGAAGCACUAAUGGCCAUGCAGCACAGUGCAGAACAGGCACUUGCUGUGAUCGAAGACACUGUUGUCACGGAAACCACGGGGAGCGUUUCUGGUCUCAGCAUAACAUCUGAACUGAAUGAUGAGUUAAACGAUUUGAUCCAACGAUUUCACAACCAGCUACAUGACUCUCAGACUAAAGCAGUGCCAGAUAACCGUCGUCAGGCAGAAAGUCUUUCCCUCUCCAGAGAGGUGUGCUGGUCUAGGACUCCCCAGGCUGUAGGUCCACCUCAACAUAGACCACUCCUCCACUCUGCCUCUGGCCCACACGCUGGUCUAGAUACUGGAGCAACAGCUGCCAGUGCCAAACUCACCAAGCUCCAAGAACUCCAAGACAAAAAGCAAACCAUGGACAAGAUAUUACAGGAGCUGCAUUCACUCAGAGACCAGACGCUUAAUAAUAACUCAUGUCGUGGCUUGUCAGCACAAUGCAGCCUGAGUGUGGGAGGAUCAUCAGAUUGUCCAUCUGCUCUCUGCUCUAAUGGGGCCUCGACUUCCACCUCCUUUCAUCCUUCACUCACACAGCAACAGGACAGCUCGAACUCUGCAGACAAGCUGAGGAAGCUGAAGGAGGUCCACAAGCGUCUGAACGAGCUGCGGGAGUUGGUUCAGUACUACGAGCAGACUUCUGACAUGAUGGUGGAUGCAGUCAAUGAGAAUGUGAAAGAGGAUGAUGAUGAUGAGGAAGAGGAGGAGGAAGAUGAGACCGAGGAUGGUUCCAUGUUUGAAGCAAUGUUUGACUCAGAGCAGGAGAGCCGCCAGCCUGUAACUAACAUCAGAAACCCGCAGCGCAGCAGGAACUGGGCAGACUUAAACAGCCUGACCAAUGGACGCAGUGUCAGGAGUAGCGCCACAAACAACCGGGACGGCAGACUCAACACUGAGUGUGAGAUCAACAACCGGUCAGCAGCCAACCUCCGCAGCCUCAACAUCCCCUCAGCCAUAGAGUGCCAGUACAACAGGGACAUUCCUUAUAAUCAGGUGAAGGACGACGAUGAGGAGGAAGAUGGUUUGGACAAUGAUGAAGGGGCACAGGCUGCAGCUCCAGACAGUGAGGCAUCAGAGUCUAGUCGGAGGAGCAGCCUUGGGAAUGAUGCUGGUUUUGCCCAGAAGGUUCAUCGCCACACAGCAAAGCAAAAACUCAGGCAGCUGCAGGAACUGGUGGCCAUGGUUCAGAGUGAUGACACAGAUGGAACAACAGCCAAUGAGGAUGAAGCUUUACACCAACAGCCAAAUAAUACCAGAACUCCUGUUCCUGGGGCAGUGGGAGCCGGACCUAAACAGAGUCCCAGGGAAAUCACCCUCUCUAGCAAGGCCAGGGAGAAGCUGUAUGAGGAAAAGCUGCGUCAACAGAAGCAGGAACUGAAGCAGCUCCAUGAAGAGCGACAAAGGCUUAUUGAAAUCCAAGGCAAGAUCCAGGACCUGCAGUGGGCCUGCCCUGACCUUCAGCCAUCUGUGUCCAGCACAGUGAGUCAGCAGGGUUUGCUGAGGAAGGUUCCACUUGCAGUUUCCACUCCUAUCACUGUUCAGGCUUCUUCAUCAUCUGGGCCCAAAACUAACUCAGCUGUGCUCAAACCCACUCCUCCUGAAGCAGCUACUUCUUCAGUCACUGACAACGAGCUUUGGUCGGAAAUGCGUCGACACCAGAUUUUGCGGGAAGAACUGCGACAGCGGAGAAAGCACUUAGAGUCCCUGAUGGCUGAACACCAGAGACGUAGUGGUCUUUCCGACUCUCCGUGUCGGAUUGAAGAUCCAGACGGCGUCGCUACAAGCUCACAGCCCGUCAGUAGGGAUGAAAGAACAAUGGCCACCUGGGGGUCCAGUCCCUGCCGCCUUGAGGAUGAGGAUGAGGGUGAUGACGAGGAUGAAUAUCGGUCAGAGAUGGGUGCAGAGGAGGAAGAGGAGCAGGAAGAAUGUACAGAGAGCAGCUCUGAUGAUGACAUCCACAGCUACAGGAACCAGUGUUCCUACAGUAACAGGAAGAAUCAGGGAAGCAAUCUGAAGCCUCCAGCUGCCUUUUCAGGUGAAGCUAGUGUGCAUCUUCAUAACAUGACUAAGACCAAGCAGCAGUCCAGAUGUUUGAACCAGUCUGCAAACCAGCAUGGAGGUACACGGCGACAGGAGAACCUGCGCUGGGCCUCAGAGCUCUCCUUUGCUGAGGGCUCAUGCCAGUGGCAGGAACAGUUCAGCCAGCUACAGCGACAGUUGGACUUCAGUACCAGCAUGUGUCAGACACUCAUGCAGGACCAGCAGACACUAUCAUACAUGCUGCAGACUCUACUUACAGGCCAGUACAGCAUGUUACCCAACAACCUAUCAUCACCGCAGGUCCACCUGGUCAUGCACCAGCUCAACCAGUGCUACACUCAGCUGGCUUGGCAGCAGAACAAUGUUCAAAGACUAAAGCAGGUUCUUAACGACCUCCUUCGCCAGCAGCAGCAGCAGCAACAACAGCAGCCAUCUUCCUCUUCAGCAGCAGGUUGGCAGACGCAGAAGAACGACUCCUCCCAGCAAUCCAGCUCUGGCCCCUCAGCCUCCCCUGGUGUCUUCCUCCCCCUCUCCUCUACCCUGAAUCCUUCAGCCAACAACUUGUCAAGUGCUGCCUUAUCCUCAUUCCCUCCCAGCUUCAACUUGUAUCCACUGUUCCCUGCUGCCAUGGGUGAGUUUCCUCAAGGAGCAGCAGGUCAGCCGACUCCUGAACAUCAGAAGCAGCAGUUAGAUCCCAACACUUCAAUGAAAACGGAGUACAUGAGUUUCCCUCCUCCGCUGCAGCGAUCGCCUCUGAAUACCACCACAGAAAGAGGCCUGGCUGGCUGUCUUAAUACCUCGUACACAAACAAUACCGCCCGGCAUCACCCGUCUAAAACGGAGCCUCAGGAGUCUCCUCCUUCCUCCCCCACUUUCCUCAACCGCCACUUGCGACCUCAAGACUUUGAGAAGGCAUCGCAGGGAAGCUUCAGCAGCAUGCCUGACCCCGCUGAUCCCACUACCAUCACAAAGACUUUUAUGGCUGGGCGCAAGGCCUCUGCCCAAGCCAACCUGGCCUCCCGAAGCAAGACUCCCAAAAGCCGACGCAGGAGGAGCAAAGGGCACAGCAAGAACAGUGAAGGCCAUGAGAGCGACAGUGUUAGCAGCACUACAGACUUUGCCCAGGAGAGGGCAGCCCUGUCUCAUCAGAAGGAUCAGAAUCGGAGUCUGUUGGACAAGUUUACUCAAGAAAAACUAGACAGCAAGAUGAAGCUUGGGAACAAACGCAAUGACCUCUCCUCUGCCUAUGCUUGGAGAACACCCUUCCUCUCUAACAGAAUUGCAUGCACAGAAGCACCAGAUGCAAGCAGUGAGUUCUCGCUGUUCGAGGCUCUGAGGGAGACCAUCUACUCUGAGGUGGCUACUUUGAUAUCCCAGAACGAGUCCCGACCCCACUUUCUCAUUGAACUUUUCCACGAACUGCAGCUGCUCAACACUGACUACUUGCGCCAAAGGGCACUGUAUUCCUUACAAGACAUACUAACCAGGCACCUGACAGAGAAGAGUGCGGCAGAAGACCAGUUGCCUCCUCUCGGUCCUGUGGUUUGGGCUGCAGGUUCUCAGUCUGAGCUCACCCCCAGCGAGAGUCUGACCACCAGUGAUGCAGAGGUGGUGGAGAAGAACUUGAGGCUGUCACAGGGCAUGAUGAAGACCAGGGAUGAUGAAGAAUCUGUGGACAAUGACAGCACCAUGUCAACGUCAUCCAACCUGGAACCUUUUGCUAAUGAUGACCUGGGCAACACGGUGAUUCAUUUAGACAAAGCUCUGGCCAGGAUUAGGGAGUAUGAGCGCAUGAAGCUUAAAGCUGAGUUUAACCCCUGCAACACCAGCACUGCAGGCGCGGGCUGCUCUGAGGUCUCAAAUGCUGAACGUCCUUCUGCUAACCCUGCUGAACCAGUGGAAGGUGCAGCUGGGGAUGUGCACUGCCCUCAGAUUGACACCCAGCAGCUGGAUCGCCAGAUCAAAGCCAUCAUGACAGAAGUCAUUCCCUUCCUCAAGGAAAAUAUGGAUGAAGUUUGUUCCCUUCAGCUGCUGACGUCUGUGCGGCGCAUGGUCCUCACUCUCACCCAGCAAAAUGAUGAGAGCAAAGAGUUUGUGCACUUUUUCCACAGACAGCUGGGGGGCAUACUGCAGGACUCUCUCAGUAAAUUUGUGGGCCGCACACUCAAGGACUGUGGGGAAGACCUUCUCGUGGAGAUUUCAGAAAUCCUCUUCAAUGAGCUGGCCUUCUUCAGGCUCAUGCAGGAUUUGGACAGCAGCAGCAGCAGCAUGGCUUUGGCAGCCAAACACAAAAAUAAAAGGAGGGCUGAGCAGCCAAGUAAAGCCAAAUACACUCUCAAGGAGAAUGCAGCAAGUGGUGGUGAUAAAGCUGUUUCUCCAGCAUACACAGAUGAAGACAAAGACCAAGGUGAGACUGAGAAAGAAGGUGCUUCAACUCUCCAGGAACUUUACCUACAGACAGAGAUGAAGAACAACAGGAGCAGUGAAGCUUCAGAGGCUGAAGAAGAGGAUGAGGAUGAAGGUGAUGGACAGGGAGUGCCUUUGUCAAUCAGUCUUUCCAAAGCAGAGACUCAGGCCCUGACAAACUACGGCAGUGGAGAGGACGAGAACGAGGAGGAGGAAAUAGAAGAGUUUGAAGCUGGACCUGUAGAUGUCCAAACAUCGUUGCAGGCUUCUGCUGACGGACAGACGGAGCAGGAGGGGACAACAGCUGGUGAAAGCCUGGAGAUACAAACUGACCAGAGGAGUCCACAGAAUAACGAUGAAACCAGCAAGUCAGUUGGAGCUGUGGAUGCCACAGUAGAGGAGCCCAGUAGGGUGGAGUGCCAGAGCCCCGAGGAAGAGGACGGUAAAGUCGGGGAAGCUGCUGCCUUAGACGAAAACUCUGCUGCCUGCCACGAUCAGGACGUCCCCAAGGAGCCGACAGCCAGUAGCAGCCCCGACACCGACUCACCCGUCAUGAUCUGCGUAGAUGAGGUGGGAUCGGGCAACACGAGCCAAAAGUCAGACGAGGAAGAUUUUGUGAAGGUGGACGACUUACCGCUGCAGCUCACAGUCAUGUGUGAGGAGGAGCUUCAGAAGAGGAUUGUGGAGGAGCAGCAGAAUAACAACCUGUCUGUAGAGAUCCUCAACGGGAACACCGAAUUGCUGACGGGGCUGGUGGGGAACGCUCAGGCGCUGAAGGAACCAGAAACCGUCGGUGCUCAGAAUGUGUAACGGAUUAUACGGCCGUCCCGAAGUCGGCUGUUUUUAGCGACGCUGUACUUACACCCGGAAUCUGUUCUGGAUGUUCGAUUGUUUAUCUGUUAGUUUAAAAGGAGCAAAGUUUCAUAAUAUUAGUCGCAAAUAAGCUCUGUGUGACUCUAUCCUUCACACACAACAGAUUCCACACAUAAUCAACACUUUUAGUUCCUUUUAUUCCUGAAUGUUCAGUGUGAUUUCUGAAUAAUCGGGGGGGGGUUAUCUAUGCUGCUGAUCAUACAGUUAAGCCUCUGUUUGAAUCUGUAGAGCACCGAAACUCUUGUUCAGAUCCGCCUUAGUUGCUUUUUCUUCUUGGUUCUGGGAUCAGCUUCACGAGUUAUUUCUUGUUUUAUUUGUCUUGACCUGGCCUUCUUGUUGUACAGCUCAUCUUUUCUGCAGUUGAUUCUUAAUUACAGUAGGAUAAAAUGAAUGAGUUCAUCUAAUCGCUUUCCUGCUUGAACACUUUCCUCUCCACCAGACGUAGCUUUUAUCCCUUCAGACAUAUCUUUAUAUAUGGUUUUGUUCUGUUAAUGGUUAGUCUUCCAUGAUUUUCAUGUAAUUAAAAUGUUGACUACACUAAUGACUUUUAAUUAAUAAAAUGCUUUCAAAUGUGACAGUUA